AUGGCGGUGAUUGAUGGCCUCCCAGAGAUCAAGGUUUCCAUCCGUAUCAACGGAUCUGAGGAAGACUGCAUCGAGUACGACGAUCCAGAUCCCCCGAAAUCCGCGUCAUCUCGGGGCUCGGCAACACAUACGAUCUCCAAAAUCAUCGAAAGCCAGGUCGAUGCCGGCUUUUCUAUCCACCAAGAAAUUCGGAACCGCCGGUCUUGGAUCAAUGGCAAGAACUGGCUUGCGUUACAUUUUCACAUUGACGGCCAGUACAUCGCCACAUGUUACCGUGGACCUGAUUCACUGGUCAACCAGACCAUCGUCUCAACUACCGACAAGUUUUGGGACAGGUAUACUACACCUGGCAAGGAGAUUAGAAGGCACUUCAAAUUCACGUCCAUCAAAACAGUCGAAGGGAGCAACGAACAGCUAUCAGGUGAUAACAUCAUUGCGGAGCACCUCGGCAUUAUCGAAGUGGCCGUAUUCCGUGUCAAGUUUGAAGGCCGCAAACCCGUGACCCCGGCACAGUCGAGGAGAGAGAACAUAGGGGAUGUCUCUGAAAUCGCACUCAAAGGCAAAAGCAUACCACACAGCACAUCCCUCACUAAGGGAAUCGAGGUUGAUGCAAGAAAGAUGAAAAGAAGUUUCAAGAACAGGGACAAAUCCCAGAGAAUUGCUCGAUUCUUCUUCCGAUACAAGCCUAAGACUUCUCUUCAAAUCGAUGGCAUCAUUCCUCGAGAUUCUUCUUCGGACCCCUCUCCUGAGCCCUCUCCUCCACCCCCGCCCCAGACCGUGGCAAACUUGCCGCUAGCUGAUAUCAUGAGACUUGCCCAAGAGCGUUUGGAACAGCUGGAACUUCACGUCAAGAGAGAGCUUGGAACUGGUGUGAAGCGCGAAGCGGACGAGGAGACUAACUCUCGCUUACGCAAGAUCUACAAGGUUGACGCAGAUGGAAUAAUCGAUCUCAGCGACGAUUGA